AUGGUGGAACGCCUUCACCGACAAGUAAAAACAGCCCUGACCACCCCCCUUAAUAGUGCCACCUCGGUUGAUGCCUUGCCCCUGAUGCUCCUGGGUUUACGGGCUCUUAUUCUGGCAGACCUACCGUGCUCAGCAGCCGAGUUGGUGUGUGGAGGUUAUCUGCUGCUCCCUGGAGACUUCUUCACAUCAACGCAGCUACCAGCCCAGCCACAACGAUUCCUACAACGCCUCCUGGACUGCGUUCAACAGGUCCGGCCUACUCCACCACGGCCUCCGCACCACAAAAAAAUAUUCGUCCACCCAGAGCUGGCCACCGCAACACACGUUUUCGUGCGCCGUGACGCAGACCGACCUUCUUUAACACCAGCCUACGAUGGACCAUUCCGCGUGCUUCAUCGCUCCCCAGAAACUUCCAGUCUUCUGCAGAACGGCCGCGAAGAGACUGUCAGCCUGGACCGACUGAAGCCGGCGUACCUGAAGACCGCCCUAGAAAGCCUCACAUUUACGCCUGACCUCCCGUUUGACUGCCACUAA